AUGCAACAGAUACCGAGAAAUCUGCUGAAGGAGCGGAUUCAAAAAGCUAUCUCUAUCACAGAGCUGGUCAUUCUUCAUUACAAUCUCAAUCACUCAAUGGAUAUUGAUAGGAUUAUCGAGGAGGCUUCGGUCAAGGAAAAUUUGUCCAUCACAUCGGGCCUUGAUUUUUGGCAUACAAACCCCCUCCCUCACUUCCCUGUCCUUUCAAUCAAAUUCUCAGACAGAGCUAAUGGAUUCCGCGGCUCCAAGUUCUUCGCCAGCAACCCUGGCCUCUGCAUUCCCUGCGGGUCAGGGCUAGGCGCAACUUGGAACAAGUCUCUCCUCGUCUCCGCUGGCUCACUCCUUUCCAAAGAAUGUAAAGCCAAGGGAGUACACGUUUGGCUCGCUCCUACUCUCCACCGCUCUCCUCUCAACGUGGCAAAAACCAUAGAAGGCGUACAGAGUGGAGGAACUGCGGCUUUGCUGAAGCACUUUGUGGCUAAUGACCAGGAAACAGGGAAAAGGAGCGUGGAUCUUGUGGUGAGCGAGAGAGCGUUGAGAGAGUCCUAUUUGAUGACUUUCAUGUUAGCGCUUAAGCAUGGGAAGCCAGACGCUAUGUUGACGAGUUACAAUAAAAUGAAUGGUGUUCAUGUUUCUGAGAGUUCGGUACCUAUUCAGCAGGCGCAGCAUUUGAGGCAGGACUCGAUUUGGAAAUGCCCGGUCCAUGCUUGUAACGCUCAAGCGAUGCCUUCAUUGCUCUCUCAACCGAAAGUCUCGGCACAAGAAAUUGCUAGCAAAGAAGGUAUGCGCAACUUCUCGGAAGACAAGGCACUAAAUCGAAACCUCGCGACUGAGAGUAUCGUUCUUCUCAAAAACGAGAAUGGUAUACCGCCAUUGAGCCCUGACUCCGGCAGCUUAGCCUUGAUGGGACUAAAUGUAAAGGACGCAGCCGCUUGUGGAGGAGGGAGUGCAAUCGGGUUCAUCUUCGGGGCGGUCGGUGUCUGCGCGCUGAUCUUCUCCUUCUUCUGCGUGCCGGAGUGCAAGGAGAGGACCAUGGAGCAGGUCGAUCGGAUGAUCAUUGAGAGUGUGCCGUUGAGGCGCUUCCGGGAUCAUGUGAUUGCCGAUGCUGAUCACGCGGGUCUUGAGAAGGAUAAGGAAAAUCUUGGGAUAGAGGUUAGGAGGGUGGAGAUUGUGUAA